AUGCUUCAGUGGAAGUCUGCACUAUUGUGGGCAGCAUUCCUCCCUUUAAUAUUAAUGAAUGCUUUUGUUGUAGCCGAUUCCAACACUGCUCCACCUACCAACAUCCCUUUGCUUGCAAAUUUCAAACAAGUGGAAUGCAGUUUUGAUGAUUCUCUUGCUUAUUGCUUGUAUUGGUCUGUAGAGGAUUUGGGAACUCUAAACGAAACACUUCAUGCUGUUAUGGUGUUCAACGCUACCAAAUACUUUGCUGCCAAUCCAACUGUCAUUCAUAAAAGUAUUUUUGGAAUGUGGGUUGGUUUAGGUUGGGGAUCGUCGAUGCUUUCUGCAGAAUCGUUACUUGUAUAUAUUCAUCCCAAAACAAAAAUCGUCAUGCCUUUUGAAUCUAUUCCUUCUGGAUACUAUGCGGCACCAAUAAAUAAUCCCAACAAGAUCAUUCGAUUCGAUGGCAUGUUACAGACAGUCAUUGAUAAUACAAUGGUUGUGGAAUUUAAAAGACCCACAAGACCGCAAGGUUCAAUUUUCCAUCGACGUAUUGACGUUACUGCUGCUCAGAAUCACAUUUAUGCAUUCAAUCCGCAUCCAGAUCCACGAAGCGAGGCUGGUUGGCGCGACCAUCAUGGCGACCAUCGAGGUGCAUUCCAAAUUGUAUAUACUUCAGGAAUGGCUGCUUCUAUUAAUCCAGACAAUAUUGUUAUCAAACGUGUUCAUGGCAUAAUCAUGGCAAUUACAUGGAUGCUUAUCUUUCCUGCGUGUAUAUUCUACACUCGUUAUUUUCGCUCCGUCAGCCGCUGGAUGACACUUCAUGUUACUGUCCAAUCUGUCAGUGCAUGCGUUGGUGUAUUUGGUUCUACUAUUUUAAUCAUUACCAGUCUUAGCAGCAACUUUGAAAAGUUUCCAAGUUUGAGUCUUAUCUAUCGUCCACAUUCUAUUCUGGGACUUGUUCUUGUGUUUUGUGUUUUUCUCCAGUGCAUCUUUGGUAUUGUUAAUCGUGGAUCUCUCAAAACCAAAUCGUUAAAAGUGGAUCGCUCUCGCUUUUACAUUUACAAAUUUAUACAUAACUGGUUUGGUCGUAUUCUUAUUGUUGCUGCAUUUUUUCAGGUCGGUAUAGGCUUACAAGUCCUCUAUCCAUUUUCAGAUCUUGUGUUUCACGGAUUUGCUGCCUGGACUUUAUACUUUGUUACUGUAGGCUUCUGGACAAUUCUGUUUGCUGGUACUGAGGUCUACUACCAGUACAUGCUUGUUAAUGUAUCCAACAAGAUUGUUUUAGACAAGAAUGGCGUUCCUCAGACAAUAGUUAAACGCAAUCUGGCAAGCCCUUUUCCAAAUAUCGCUGGUUUCAAGAAUGAUGCGCCUUCCGAGCAUAAUAUCUUUCACUUGCAAAGCCAUGCUGAUCUUCAGCCCUAUACAUGGAAAGAAAUCAAUGAAAAUGUCAAAAAAGGAAACUUGCUUGUCGUGGCUAAUGGCACGUAUGUAUAUUCGAUUGAUGCAUGGAUUGGCUCACAUCCAGGUGGUCAGAUUAUUUUACACUCGGUUGCUGGAACAGAUAUCACCAAUGAUUUCUUCAAUGAUACCGGAUACGAUGCAGAAGCAUUUAUUCCCAGACUUGCACUAAGAUCACAAAGCCCAGCUGCAAACCAUCGCAUGCUUCCAAAGAAUGUUGGUACUCUUGAUCAUAAUUUAAACCAUUCAUCUGAAACUUUGAAAUUGCACACAGAUUUUGAGGAAAUUCAAAAGUCCACUAAAAACAACCAAUCUCUGGCAUAUUCUCCAUCGUUUUCCUCGACAUCUACUUCACACAUGUCUCCUUUAGAUGAAAAGGAGUGGCAAUAUGUGAUUCGCGCUCGACGAACUCAUGUCCAUACUCGACUUGCAAUGACAAAGCUCUCUACUCUUAUUGUUGGCCGACUUGCCUCUCCUACGCAUUUAACCAAUCAAUCUUUCUUGUCAGAUUCAUCAAAAACACUGUUUGACCCGACUGAAUAUCGCCGAUAUGCGCUGGUUUCAUCCACAUUGGAAACAACUCAAGGCACAACAACUCCAGUGUACCGUCUCAAGUUUUGUUUGCUGUACCCAUACGAUCUGCGUCAAAAUGAGCCAGAGAACUUUAUGCCUGGUCAAUGUGUUCAGCUUCAAACACGAGUCAAUAACGCCGUUGUGUCCCGCUUCUACAGUCCAAUCAAGGGAAAUCCUGUGUGCUUUGAGAUUGCGCUCAAGGUGUAUACAGCUACAGGAACCGUUUCACCAUUCUUGUCGAGACAAAAACUGGGAGAAAGGCAGUUUAAGAUUCGCGGUCCGUUUGGUAUUCCAAUUGUUCAUCCCGAGUUACCACUUGGAGAUGGUAUGGGCUCCAUCAUGCCAUCCGUGUUCUAUGAUCGAUUGGUGUUGAUAGGCGGUGGAUCCGGACUUGUCAUGGCAAUCCAAUUCAUCCAAACUCUACUUUUAUCGGUGCAGACACCGAUUGUUGUCUGGCAAGCAUAUACUGCAAAGAAUUCAGACGAAAUUACAUUGUCAGUUGGUGAUUGGGUGGUUGCUCACCAUCACUACCUUGAUGGCUGGGCAGAGGGCGUGAACCUUACCACUCGUCAAUCAGGGCUCUUCCCACUUCCUGUCACUAUCCCUCGGGGUGGGGCUUCCCUUAAGAUUGCUGUUAUCAAUGCCACAAAGUCUCAUUUCGAGAUCUUUGGGCGGGACAUCCUCACGGGUGCUUUGCUUGCCUACCCACAGCAUAUCCAAAUCACGCACUAUCUCUCUCGGGGUGGUUCUUCUGAAGUCUUGAAGCAACCUGAUAUUCCUGGAGUAGCAUUUGAUGGACACAUUUCAGGAUAUUCACUUAACCAAGCAAUGCAAUCUAUCGGAUGGCAGUCGCCAUCUUAUGGAACUAAUCAGCGGGUGGUUGUGUGUGGAUCGAAAUUGUUUCAAGGCAAUAUGUGUGAUUUGGCAUGUGGAGAAUGUGGCAUUGACUACAGCAAUUUAACCAUCUUACUGGAUAAUGUUGCAAUUUGA